CCUCCAUACUGUAGAACUCGCUGAUCACUAUCUCUAGGUAGCUCGAGAGGAACGAGCCGCCCGAAGAUGACGUCGAUCCUGCUCGCGUACGCUACUUUCAUUGCGUUUUCGUGUGUGGCGCAGGCGAUCUCGUCGUCCUGGAGACCGAUCCUGCCGGCCCAUAACGUCGGCGCAGGUAUAUUGCAUCAGGAGGCAUCGAUUUUCGAAAAUGCGCCUACGCAGACGCUCUACGACGUGGACAGUUCUCUGCUACUGCCACACGACCAAGAGAAAUGUUCUCUUUACAAGGUCGCCAUGACCCAGCAGUUGUAUUUUGAGUACAUCCAUUACAAGACAGAUCUGCCAAACAUGAAGGAGUUCACUCUCUGUAUGUGGACGAAAUUUUACAAUCAUUCCAACGACCAUCCUCUGUUCUCUUACGCAGUCGGUGAUCAACCACGAGGAAUACUGUCGUGGGUCGCAAACACAGCGAGAAGUUCGUACUACAUGCUUAACGUCAACGGUCACAACUUAUACAGAUUGAAUUAUCCGUUGAGACUUAACAAGUGGUACCACUCCUGCCAGAGCUGGAACGGUCGUACCGGGGAAUGGCAGAUUUGGGUCAACGAUGAGCGCGUAGGUCGCGGGUUCAACAACAGGUUGGUUGGGCACGUUAUCAAAGGCGGUGGAAUUGCCAUUUCCGGACAACAGCAACGACAACUGGGCGGUGGUUUCUUAGAGGGUGAAGGCGCGCCACCGGGUUCCGGCGGCUAUUUAGGAGAAUUGACAAUGGUACAGCUCUACAACGUAGCGCUGACAGCGGGAAAGGCGCACAAGGAUCACAAGCACCAUCACGUCCAUCAUUACGAACACGAUACGAGUAAUAACAUACCGAGAACCACUACGCAAACACCUGUAACCGGACCACCUUUGCCAGCGCAUCCCUUCCUCACUGGUGGACAGAUCAAUACACAAGUGAAGAUCAAUCCAGGAGCAACGAUUCAGAUCGUACAAAACGGCCUAACCAUUCGUCAUCCAGCAUUACCACCGGCACCGGAAUCGCCCCCACAACCGCUUCCGCCUUUGAAUCUCGAUGUUUUCUCAACAGCCUUCCCUCCUUCACCGACACAAUUCAUCAGUCCAUCACAGUCGUCGAUUUUCGCAGACGGGCUCUAUCGUAAUCUCUUUAAGAGAGAGAAAAAUGACUCGAAGAAGCGAAACAUUAAGGAUGAAACAGUAAUAUCGAGUUUGACCGAAUCGGAAAAAUCGAUUGCAAAAAGAGAUACCGAUGAAAUUUCGAAAACUGAUAGUUCCAAUGGCAAGGUAUCUUUCGUGCCAAAGUUAGAAAUCGCGGAUGACAAGAAAUUAGAAAAACGCGAAGUCGAGAAGAAGAAGAAGCGAGGACUGUUGCAACUGAGUGACGGGUCGAUUUUCGACGACGGAUAUUCUAUUCCUCAAGGUCUGGACAACGACUACUUCACGGGAUUAACGAGUUUCGGGUUGCAAUUGACGAAGGAUACGAGCGAAGAGGACGAACGGGAACCCGCCGAAGGCGAGGUCAGACAAGUGAUGGACAUUUGCGACGGCUGCGCCGAGGAACCGUUCGAAAAGGCGUUGGUCAUGGACUGGAGAACGGUGCCCAAGAAGCUCUAUUCCGGAGCGUUUUACAUGCCAGCCACACCGACGUGUAAAGCGUUCUAAAUCUCUUCACCGACCAUGAGCCAGUGCGCAAAAUGACAUUUAAAAACGUUUCGCGUGAAUUCUCAGGGGUGCGUCCGCGAAAGACUGCGCUGAUAAUGACGAUAGCGCUUUGUUAAACGGUCGACGAAAGACCGACGAAACAUUCCCAGGUAUCCCACGCCAUGUUUAGAUUGACGAGUAUCUUUAGCCGUUACAAGCGAAGAUAUUUGUCAUUCGAGUCUUUUGAUUUAUUUUUCGCUGUUCAUUAAUUUCUUUUCACGUAUACAUUAUUUUCUGGUGAUGAAUCGUUAUUUUUCUCUAUGUUAUAUUUGUAAACGUUGGCAUUUAUGAACAUUUAAAGAUGCCAAGAACAUUGCCAUGAAAAAACUUGUGCGUGACAAUAUCUUGCCGAUCAUAUUUAUUUGCAAUUUAUGUCUAAUUAAUUGUAUGACAUUAAAAACUAAUUAUAUACAGAUUCCAUAGUUAUUUGUGUGUAACGAGUUUUGGAUCAAUUGUAACAAGAAGAAUUAUUGCAAUCUUUGUUAAAUAUAAAGAGAAAUAUAUUAAUAAAUAAUUUAUAAUAACUAUAUGACAUAAAAAAGCUCAAAAAUGAAGAAUGUUUUUGUAAUAUUUAAAUAUAUACAAUAAUAUAAAGAGUAAAAAAAUUUCAAAUUUUGUUUAAAGAUUAGUUAAAAAAUGGCUACAAUUUUUUUGUUAGUAUUGUUACAUGUGACCGAAGACUUUUCUAAUGAAACAAAGCUGAUAAAAGUCCCGAUAAUUCAUAUGUAAAAGUAUAUAUAUAGAAUUUAAUUAAGAGAAAUUCCAUUAGUGAAAUGUAUACGUAGUCGGCGUAAUAGGACAAUAUUAGUUUGUAAGUUCGAGAAAUUGAUCAUGAAUAAUAACGAUCGUUCUUGACAGAAUACUCAUCACGGUUUUAAAGUGCGUCCUGAUCGAUUGACCUCGGCGAGACGAAGGAGAAUUUAAUUGCGCGACGGAAACCGCCUUGAUCGAUCGGCGACAUACGCCUCGGUCGCCUAAGCUCAAGAUUUAGCCCUAUU